UUUCCGCAGCGCUGUAAGGGAUUGUCUAUCAAUGUUUGUAAGGGGGCGUGGGCACAAGCAAGGAAGGAAGAGUGGAUUUGGGUGAACUAAACAGCGAACGGGAAGGCUUGCUAGAAAACAUACAGGGAGAAAACUUGUGCGCUGUACGGGGCUCUGUACGGUCUAGUCAGGGGGAGUGACUGACACCGGGAGCUAAAAUGGAAGAUUUACUAAACUCGUUGAUGUCAAAAGACUGGAUGGUAUCAAGUACAAGUAUGCAGUCUUCUGUGCCUUAUGUGGAGAUCAUUGAACAGCCAAAACAGCGAGGUAUGCGGUUUCGCUAUAAGUGCGAAGGGCGUUCUGCUGGAAGCAUUCCGGGAGAGCGAAGUACGGAUACUACUAAAACUCAUCCCACUAUUAAGGUACACAAUUAUCAAGGACCAGCACGUAUAAGGAUAUCCUUGGUGACCAAGGAUGUCCCCCAUAAACCACAUCCUCAUGAACUGGUUGGAAAGGAUUGCAAAGAUGGCUAUUUCGAGGCUGACUUGUCACUAGAUCGCAAUAUUCACAGUUUCCAGAAUUUGGGCAUUCAGUGUGUUAAAAAGAGAGAAGUUGAGGAAGCCAUUGCCCAACGAAUGCGAACAAAUAAUAAUCCCUUCAAUGUAUCUUUAGAAGAUCUCAAGUCUGACUUUGACCUGAAUACAGUGUGCCUUUGCUUCCAAGUGUACAUACGUGACCCAAGUGGAGGCCUGAGUCCUUUGACGUUUGUGGUUUCUCAUCCUAUAUAUGACAACCGAGCUCCGAACACUGCUGAGUUGAAGAUUUGCAGAGUUAACAAGAAUUCUGGUUCCUGUUUAGGUGGAGAUGAAAUCUUUUUACUCUGUGAUAAAGUGCAAAAAGAAGAUAUUGAAGUGGUGUUCGCAGUAGGUAACUGGGAGGCACGAGGGUCAUUUUCACAAGCAGAUGUGCACAGACAAGUGGCUAUAGUUUUUAGAACGCCACCUUAUCAUGAUCCAGGAAUACGUCAACCUGUUAAGGUCCAAAUGCAGUUGAGGCGGCCAUCUGAUAAGGAGGUUAGCGAACCUAUGGAAUUUCAAUAUCUACCAGAUGAAGGAGAUUUUCAUCACAUUGAGGAGAAAAGAAAGAGAACAAUGGAAAACUUCAAGCACAUUGUAAAAAGGAAUCCAUUUGCAGGAAAUGAAACAAAGCACCAGCGCAGAAUUGCAAUACCGACCCGCAACAUUCCAAAACCAGAACCUGCGCCAUCUCCCAUUUGUCAAAGUUCUCAGAUGUUGGUACCAGUCGUCUCUUCAUACAUUGUAAAACCUGAUGCUGAAGAUGCAAUGUCCACACUUCUCUCUACUGUGAAUAUUAGUGACUUUGCCAGUAUUGGCUUUUCCCCUAUGCCUCCAAUGCAACAGGCUCCACCUGAAGAUCGUAUAGAUAUGGGCUAUCCUUCUUUUACAGAUGAUGGAAACCUUGAUUUAGCAAACAUGCUGCAAAAUGACCCUGACAGCCAUUGUGCCAGCCUAAGUUCCAUUGACAAUAGUGAUUUUGGCCAGCUUCUCAGUCAAUCUCAGUCUUCAGGUUCUCUUUCACAGGCCCUGCAUGAAUCUGGGCAUAAUCAGUGUACCCUCAUGGCCUAUCCAGAAUCGAUUGCUCGGCUCAUGGCAUCUGGAUCAAAUGAGGUGGCUGGUGGAGAGGAAAGCUCUGAAAGACUUGACAGCACCUUAAUGAAUGGGAUUUUUGACAUGCAGCAAGGCGAAAGUUUAAACUCCAUGAUAGAUAUUGACUUUUCAACUCUCAUGGGUAUGAAAUGAAUGCUUGGUGAAGAUGUAUGCCUUCACUAGUGGAACAGUAUAAUUCUUUAGGACACAGUUGGCCUUCAACUCCUUCAGGGUGCUUUUGCUAUUUAGGUGAUAUUGGGCCUACAUAGUUGAGGAUUGUGCUGGCCCUGUUGGAUUUCAUCCUGAUUCACUUUAACCAGAGAGCUUGAAAUAGCCAUGUUGCAUCUUUAAUAGCCUUGAUGCAGGCUAAUCUUGUAUGAAUACCUUACUGCUGUGUAUUUUAAAGUAAAGUCAUCUAUUACAUUCUAAUUAUCAGCAAAAAUGACAUCCAUGUUAAAUAAAACAAACAUUUAUUGCUCAACUGGCUACAGACAAGAUAACAUUUUAUAUUUUAUGUGCUCUAUUGGCACUGUAUUAACCCCCAGACAUAAUUGUUCAAUUCGGCACACAUUUCCCCCUUCACCGCUUUGCUUGUAAAUGAGUUAAAGAGGAACUGCAGUCUGCUCACAUCAUUUGUAAUAAAAACAUCUUUGCCAUUCUGAA